UUCGGAAUCAGUUCAGUACGUUCGCUACUUCAGAUAAGCGCCCGCGCGCCACGGCGACAACCACCGCCGGUCUUCCUCCGGUAACCGAGAUGCGCGGAAACCGAUCUGGAGCACGUCUUUAAUAAAUAAAUAAAUAUAUAUUUAAAUAAAGGGUGGGAUGUGUUUUCACUUGGACACGGUGUUCCGGGUAAUAACGUUUCAGCGAGAGCAUCAACCGGCGCGUGGAGAGAGACGGGAUUCAGAAGACGGCGCGCGCGACAACCGCGAGCUGAACGGAAAUACUAACGUAAGCGUCGCGAGCAUCACACCGGAAAGACUGCCGAUGAAGGAAAGCGAACAUUUGGGAUUGGGAAUUAAAGAAUGGCCGCUCCUGAUCUUCUGGACCCCAAAGCUGCUGCUCACAACUCCAAGCCCCGCCUGUCUUUCUCCGCCAAGCCGGUGGUGUUGAACACUCAGGAUGAGUUUGAGCCACGAGUCAGCGUAAUGCGUUGGAAAACUGUGCUCACCGUCUUCCUAUUGGUCGUCCUCUACCUUAUCAUGGGUGCUACGGUGUUCAAGGCCCUUGAGCAGCCGCAUGAGAACUUGCAGAAACUCACUAUCCUUACCCAGAAGCUUCAGUUUCUUGCUGAUCACCCCUGUGUCAACUCCACCGAGCUGGAGGAGUUAGUGAAGCAAGUGAUGUCCGCCAUUCGAGCCGGCGUGAACCCUUCUGGAAAUUCGUCCAACGUGACAAGUUUAUGGGAUCUGAGCAGCUCCUUUUUCUUCGCUGGGACUGUUAUCACCACUAUAGGAUUCGGGAACAUUUCCCCUCAUACAGAAGGAGGCCGGAUAUUCUGUAUCGUGUACGCGCUGCUGGGAAUCCCUCUGUUCGGCUUCCUGCUGGCCGGAGUGGGCGACCAGCUGGGGACCAUAUUCGGAAAGGGCAUCGCUAAAGUGGAGAAGAUGAUUGUGAAAUGGAACGUGAGCCAGACGAAGAUCCGCGUGAUCUCCACGGUGCUCUUCAUUCUCUUUGGCUGCCUGCUUUUUGUCACAUUGCCAGCCAUCAUCUUCAAGCACAUUGAAGGCUGGAGCACCCUAGAGGCCAUUUACUUCGUCGUCAUCACCUUGACGACUAUCGGUUUUGGUGAUUUCGUGGCGGGUGAGAGCGAACGCCGUCACCAGCAGGACAGCAACGGUGGCUCCGAGAUGGAAUACUUAGAGGACUAUUAUAAGCCGGUAGUAUGGUUUUGGAUUCUGGUGGGCCUGGCCUACUUCGCUGCAGUGCUCAGCAUGAUCGGGGACUGGUUCCGGGUCAUCUCAAAGAAAACAAAAGAGGAGGUGGGUGAGUUCCGAGCGCACGCGGCGGAGUGGACGGCCAACGUUUCUGCUGAAUUCAAAGAGACUCGUCGGCGCCUCAGCGUUGACAUCUACGACAAGUUCCAGCGUGCCGCUUCCAUCAAGCGCAAGCUCUCGGCUGAGCUCGGGCUCAACAACGCGCCGAUCAGCCAGGAGAUGACGCCGGGAAAGCGGGCGCUCUCUGUCAACUUUGGAGAAGACAGAGAGACGUAUCCAAGCUUCGCGCUGGCACGCAACGGCAGCCUCUUCCUCAACGGCCUCAGCCCGGAAUACGCCGACCGGCGUGACAUCGCCAUAAUAGAACAUCUGAAAUGAGAACCCAGGAGGAGACAAAAAGAAAGAGAUGGAAAGAAUAGAGAAAGGAGUGAGAGUGGCGUGUGAAGGAUUUCAGGAUUAGAACUUCUGCACUCUUCACCUCUGAAGAGCGUUUACAGGAUUAAUCCUCCUCACACUGACCCUUGACUCCGCCCCUUUCUCAGAGAAGCUCACCACUUAGAGCGCUAAAGCCUCCGAACUACUUUGUACCAUCAACGAUGAACCAGUUGUGUCUUUUCCCUCCAAAAAAAGUGACGAGAACCUUCUGGAACUUGUUAAAGCAACACUCUGAAUGCGUCUCCAUCGUUCCAGGUUUUCUUUUAUUUUGUUUCGUUAAUUUCGCGAGCUGUUUAGAAGAAAAGAAAAAAAACAAACAAAAAAAACAAAACAAAGAAUGUCUACAUCUUUUUAGCUCUGCAAUUCAUUUCAGUGCCUUAAUGACUACAGAACUCUUACAAAACUGCAUGUGUUUUUGAUCUAUUUCUGGAAUCUGCUUGGAUAUUAAGCGAAAAAGCAAACCCACAUGGGGUUUGAAAUCCAAAACAGGUAGGUAACCCGGGGGGCUGCUAAGGUCUGCUGUUGCCAUGGUGAGCUGGGAAUAGGACACGAGCCUCCCGGCCACAAAAAAAAAAAAAAAAACUACAAGGAUCGCCAUGGUUACUAAAGCAUGGCAACCGAGUGUAGUCUGCCUCUCACACACACACACUUCACACUUCACACAGACUACAAGUGCAAAUCAGAGACGUGACUCCGGAGAGAUCCAGCGGCAUUUCGGAUGCGGAUUGCGGUCGCCGAUCACUCGUGUGUGUGUGUGUGUGAUGAUGAUGUGAUGAACCGUGUCACCUUUGCACAAUACACACAAGGUUCGAAUGAAAAAAAAAAUGAAUCACACACCCUAGAAACUGGUCGUGCUGUUCAUGAAACCAUGUGGGAAAAUGAUAGCAAUAUUUUAAUUUCGUAUCGUUUGUUAGCAUCGCUGUUUACUUUUUCUGGCGGAAACAACAAAAUUCGCCUAAGCACCCAGUUCACAAAAGAUCCUACUCAGAUAAUGUCCCAGAGAUGCUCAAAUCGUCAGAAAGUAGCGGCUAAGAAAGAUAAACCUUAGGGGUGGAUUUAUGAUUAAUCAGUCGCUGCAGGAUUUCAGAGAGUUUGUUUUUUGCCAAAAAUGCUUGAUUUUGCAGCUUUUGUAAAAAAAAAAAAAAAAAAAAAAAAACUCUUUUUUUUUAGUUUGGAAAUGAAAGGUACUUCUGCAGAAUUUGAUUGCAUGAAUCCUAUCCUGCUUAAACAUUCACUUUCUUUUUCUCAGUCAUGGCACGUCCUGAGCUGUAUUGUUAUGUAUGUUAUCUGAAGCGGCAUGUUUUAAAGGCUGACAUAUGCAACGUAAAAGGGAACGCGGCAAUAGAGGCGGUGUUUAUUCAAAGUAUUGAAACAUCUUCUCUUUUUAAUUUUUUUAAACAAUUUUCUAAUCAGCUUUAGCACCAAGAAGUGGUUGAAGUGCAUGGGGUGAAUGAGAGAAGAGUUGUCAGCUUGUGAAAAGUUCGAAACGAUCGUGAUCGAUGUGUCAUAAAUAAGACUGGGAAUCAGCGCUAGCUUCUGGUCAUUACGUUGAAAACCAAAAAUGGACUACUAGGAUAGUUUUGCUCCAUCUCUGACAUGUCAAAAAACAGCUUUAUGAAUGUUUUCACACUGUCACUGAUAAUGUGAAAGCUUUCAUUUGGACCGGAAAGCAUGCCAUGGUACCAGAACCCGAGACUUCCAGGUAUGGGUUCGGGUUGCACUGGAAACCGUGCUGCGAUUCCCAUGAACGUGAAUGAAACUAUUAUUCAGAUCCACAAUUGUUCAGAGAAUAAAGUAACCUGCACAUGUUUAUCAUUCGUUUCCAGAGCACAAGUGUACUAUGAGUGGUAGAGGAACGUUGUGGGUGGGACACAAGAGACAGGCGAGGUGCCUUACUGCACAUUACGGUGUGCCAAUAUGGUUGGGUUGUCCAUGGACGUCUGUGAUGAUGUAAGAGGAACGCAAAUGCUCAGAGAAUCAAGUGAAUCUAAGAUUGCAGGGGUGCCAAAACUAUUGCACUCGGAUUUAGACCACAGCCCAGUGUGAAAACCACCUCAGCCUUUAUUUUUAAUUUUUUUUAAACAUCUAUUUCAUUUUUAAGUUUACUUUCAACAUGGUGUUUUCGUGCCUUCGUCGCUUUCAUACGUUCAUAUCAAAGCUUUCAAAUACAGGAAGUGACCUUUGGCCGUGGAGACAGCGAGACCUUUCUGAAGUGGUGCAACAGAUUUAAUGGUAUAUAUACAUUGAGAUAAUCUUGAAUCCAUCAGCGUAAAGCAUUCAGAUCAAAUGUACUGCAUGUGAUGGAGAAUUAGGCGAAAUUCUUAGUGAGUAGGUGAAACCUUAAGUAUGUAUUGAAUGCAUGGAGCAUGUUUCCCGACUCGCUCACGGAUGACCUUCCCGUCUGUGUUUGACGUGAUGGUUUUGACAGCAACCUCUCGGGUCAUGGAGAGGAAACGGUGUAAAAGUGAAAAGAGAGAUGUUGCAGCUUAGAUAAGACCUUCUGUUACAGAACGUCUGCUGCCUGCAGGGGCUUGUGUGUGUGUGUGUGUGUGUGUGUGUGUGUGUGUUUGUGUGCGCGCUUCUGCUCAGUCUGGAAGUAGGGUUCAGCAUACAGCCUUAAGACGAUGACAAAAUAUCACAUAUAUCCUGUCUUAUAUAUUAUAUACAUAUAUACAAGAUGAACUCUGGAUUCUGAUUGGUCAGCAGCUCUGACAUCCUCAGAUCACAGUUUUCUAUUAAUAAUGCCAUCUUUCGAAGGGAAACAGAUUUGCCUGUAAUCAUCGAGGUCAUCAACUUUUGCUGUAAAUGUAUCAUUUAUGGUCGUGUCUGUAUGGUAUGUGUUUUGCCUCACGGGAAAGUCUUCUUCCAUUAAGAAAACGGACAGAUUGUUGACGUGUGGAAGGAGCGCUGUCACAGGAAGUGACCUAACUAAUAACUAACAUAAACAGAUUAAAAGUGUUCUUUAAUAAAUGAAAAUGGUAAUAAUUUGCUCUGGAAUACAGUAAGAGGAAAGAAACUUGCUACAACAGGUUAGUAACAGUGACUCAGCUUCAUCGCUCCAAUCUGUCGUUGAUUAUUUUCCAUAUUAACCGCACAACCUGAAAUGAUUCAUUCCUCACCUGAACAGUUUUUCUACUAACUUGAGCUACGUUCCACACAUUCAUGUAUUGAGAAGUCGCCAGUAGGCGUUGCUACUACUACUACUACUACUACUAUUACUACUACUGGUUGCCAUAGUAACAUUCAUUUAUCAGCGGGUGGCAUAACUAACUAGCUUUCCAAGUAAUUUCUUGCGGCUAAAACGAAGCAUUCCCGAGGGAGAUUUGGCGUUUGUAUAGAUCUAACAUGCAGCAAAGACGAAGGAGAAGUAGUGUGCGCGCUCUUUGCCACGGAUCAUGUGCCGCUCUGUAUUUGCAUCACUUUUUUUCAUGUCGCUGAUCUGGACACGCCCACAUCUAGCCAGCUCCGAGUGAAAAUGGACGCUGUGGCACUGUGAGUUGCUGUAGCAUUAUUGAUUCGCCUAAAGCAGUGGUACGUAAAGCACCCCAAGCUAACACACGAAGUCGCAUUAAUGAAUUUACUUUUUUUACUCUUAUUCCUCCUUCAUAUUGCUGGGAAAACGAAUCAUGUGGUGCAGCGGAAUUUUCUAAAAUCAGCCUUAUUAGUCCCAAUAGCUUUACUUUGACCUGUUGCCGGUUUGUUUGUAUCCAAACCCUGUUUCUGGCUAAUUUCUCGAUCAUAAUGAAUGUACCUCAAGCUUUUUUUUUUCUUUCUAAAGACAAUGAGAUCACUCAUGAAUGUAGGCAUGUCUACUCAUGUACUGUGUGUGUGUUGUUUUUUCUUUUUCUUAAGGACCAUCUGGAUCUAAAUUUGAAAACCAUUCACCUGUAUAGUUUUCCUUAUGUCUGAGUCUCAAUGAAGUACUGAAUUUCAGCUGCAUGUUCAAUGUCUGUCUAUUUGCCAGUGUUUGCAUAUCAGAAUUCGGAAGAUUCAUCUAUAACAAAGAAACUCAAAUGGACUUGAAAAGUGUUUAUGAACUCUUCUUGUAUUUCAAAAUCACCUACAACCUUUUUUUCCAAUGACCUGACACA